CGCGUGGCCCUGCCCACUCUGGGCCGCGGCUGGGUGGGAGGGCGGCGCCCGGGUCGCGGCGGCAGCUACUCAGAUGCUUUCCAGGAAGAAAGGAGAAACACCGUGGUGAUGCCAGCAUCUUUAAGCCAGAGUCUUCUCCAUCUGCUUUCUAUCUGCCUGGGAUUCCUGGAGAUUUCUGGUUUGAGAAGAAGCUGUCCAUGUUCACACUGGGUGAGGCGAAGCCAAGAUGACAGAGUCCUACGUGAAGAAGCUGUCCGCCAUCCUGCUGGACGCCAUCACCGACAAGGACCCUCUGGUGCGGGAGCAGGUGUGCGGUGCCCUGUGCGCCCUUGGAGAGGCACAGCCCGAGGAAGCCCUCAGCGCCUGCGAGGAGUACCUGUGGCAGCAUGAGAAGUUGACACAUCCUUACCGGACGAUGAUCCUGAGGGCCAUGGAGACGGUUGUGAGCGGCCACAUCAGUGAGCUGCGCAAGGACAAGGCCAGGGCCAUCAUCCUCCUGGCCUCCAGCGAGAUGACCAGGGCGAAGGAAUUGGUUUGUGACUGGCAGCAGGCCUCCAGCAACGUCCUGGUGGCUGUUGGGAAGCGGUUCAUCGGCAAGGUGAUGGAGGAGCUGCUGAGCAAGUUCCAGCCUGGGGCCCUGCCACACUACUUCGUGGUGCAGACCCUCGCCAGCCUUGCGGCUUCCAAUGUGUUCGGCAUGGUGCCCUUCCUGACGUCCAUCCUGAGCACCAUGCUGCCCAUGCUGGGCAUGGCCAAGCAUGAUACGAUGAGGGUGGCGUUCUGCUGUGUUCUGCAGCACUUCAGCGAGAGCACUCUGGAGUACCUGGCCAACCUGGACCAAGCCCCAGACCCCACGGUCAGGAAGGACACCUUUGCCACGGACAUCUUCAGUGCCUACGACAUCCUCUUUAACCACUGGCUGCCGAGCCGCGAAGCCAAGCUCCGGCUUGCCGUGGUGGAGGCCCUGGGGCCCAUGAGCCACCUGCUGCCUAGUGAGAAGCUGGAGGAGCAGCUCCCCAAGCUCCUGCCCGGAGUCCUGGCCCUCUACAAGAAGCACGCCGAGACCUUCCACGUGUCCAAGAGCCUGGGCCAGAUCCUUGAGGCUGCGGUGACCGUGGGCAGCCGCACACUGGAAGCCCAGCUGGACUCACUCCUGGCCGCUCUGCAUGCUCAGAUCUGCGUGCCCGUGGAGUCAUCCAGCCCCCUGGUGGUGAGCAACCAAAAGGAGGUGCUGCGCUGCUUCACCGUGCUGGCUUCUCAGAUGGAAGUUAAGAAGCCCUUUAUUCUGUCCUCCAUGAGGCUUCCUCUUCUGGACACCAACAGCAAGGUGAAGCGGGCCGUGGUGCAGGUGAUCAGCGCCAUGGCCCACCAUGGCUACCUGGAACAGCCUGGAGGGGAGGCGAUGGUGGAGUUCAUUGUGCAGCAGUGUGCGCUGCCCCCCGAGAUGGAGCCUCGGAAGCUGGGCCCCGACAGCGAGGACCUCGCAACAGACAGUGUGCGGGCCAUCAGCAUCAGUACCCUCUACCUGGUCAGCACCACCGUGGACAGGAUGAGCGAUGUCCUCUGGCCCUACCUGCUCAAGUUCCUCACACCCGUGCGCUUCACGGGGGCGCUGACCCCGCUCUGCAAGAGCCUGGUGCACCUGGCCCAGAAGAGGCAGGAGGUGGGGGCCGAUGCCUUCCUCAUCCAGUACGGCAGCAACGUGACCCUCCCUUCGCCCUACGCCAUAACCACGAGACUUCUGACUGUGUCCUCCAACCCCUACCUGGCGGACGGCCGCGGGGCUGCCGCGCUGCGCCUCUUGAACGUCCUGCAUCACAGCAUUCACCCUUCGCUGGGCCAGCGCUGGGCGACCACCGUUCCCCUGCUGCUGGAGCAUCUGGAUGAAUGUACUGAAGAAACCCUGUCCCAGAAGGAGUGGGAGGAGAAGCUCCUGGCGUUCCUUCGGGACACUCUGGCUGUUGCGUCUGACAACACGUGGACCUGCCAGCUGAGCCUGGAGAUGUGCAGACAGCUGUCCUGCUAUGACGCGGAGCCCCAGGAGAAGAACUUCCUGUAUAAAUGCAUUGGAACCACGCUGGGUGCCGCCUCGAGCAAGGACAUGGUGAGGAAGCAGCUGCAGGAGCUGCUGGAGACAGCCAGACACCAGGAGGAGGCUGAGCGUGAGGGCCUCGCCUGUUGCUUUGGGAUCUGUGCCAUCUCUCACCUGGAUGAUGUCCUGGCCCAGCUGGAGAACUUCAUGAGGUCGGAUGUGUUCAGAAAAUCCACCGGCAUUUUCAACAUUUUCAAGGACCGAAGUGAGAACGAGGUGGAAAAGCUGAAGAGCACCGUGAUCCUGUGCUACGGCCACGUGGCGGCGCAGGCCCCCCGGGAGCUGGUGCUGGCCAAGGUGGAGUCGGACAUCCUCCGGAAUAUAUUCCAGUACUUCAGCACCAAGGUUCUGGGAAUAAAGGUAGAGACCAAGGACCCGGCCCUGAAGCUGUGUCUCAUCCAGAGCGUGUGCAUGGCCAGCCAGGCCAUCUGCAGCAGCGCACAGGCUAGCUCCUUCCACUUCUCCCGGAAAGCGGAGCUGGUGGCUCAGAUGAUGGAGUUCAUCAAGGCGGAGCCGCAAGACUCCCUGAGAACGCCCAUUCGGAAGAAGGCCAUGCUCGCCUGCACUUACCUGGUCCCCCUGGACCCAGCGCUGGAUGAGCAGGUGCAGGUGGACAUGAUCCACAGCUGUCUGCACAGUGUCCUGCCUGUGCCGCCUGAGCCCGAGGGGGAGGGUGACCACCAGGAGUCCCUGUACCUGGACACCAUGCACACCCUUGAGGAAGUGCUGACGAGCCUCCUUCGGCGAAACAUGACCCCCCAGGGCCUGCAGACCAUGGUGGAGCACCUGAGCCCAUGGAUCAAGUCCCCACGGGGCCACGAGAGGGUGCGGGCACUUGGCCUGAGUGCCUGUCUGCUGCAGUACUUCCUGGAGCACCUGCACGUCAGCGCCCUGGUGCCCUUCCACAACCUGGGCGUCCUCAUAGGCCUCUUCUCGCCUCGCUGUGCGGACCUGUGGCCUGCCACCCGCCAGGAGGCUGUAAGCUGCGUGUAUGCCCUGCUCUACCUGCACCUGGGCUACGAGGGCUUCUCCCGCGACUACCGGGAUGAUGUGGUUGAGCGGCUCCUCACCCUCAAAGAAGGACUCGCGCACCCCGACCCUGCCAUCCUCUUCCACACCUGUCACAGCAUAGCCCAGAUCAUUGCCAAGCGCCUCCCGCCAGAGCAACUCAUCAGCCUCUUGCUGACCAUGUUUGAGGGGCUGGGAGACCCCGACAAGAACUGUUCUCGGGCCGCCACGGUCAUGAUCAACUGCCUGCUGAAGGAGCGAGGCAACAUGCUCCUGGAGAAGGUGCCCGAGAUCGUGAGCGUGCUCCGCUCAAAGCUGCAGGAGACACGGGAGGAGUACGUCCUGCAGGCUGCACAGCACAGCGUGUACCUCCUGGCGUCCCAGCACUGCGCCGCCGUGGUGUCCAGCCUCCUGGGCAGCCCGCUGCCCUUUGACAGCCACACCUGUAUCCUGUGGCGGGCGCUGGCCGUGGAGCCCGGCCUCACCACGCAGGUCCUGGGGCUGCUCCUGGAGAAGAUGAGCAGGGACGUGCCGUUCAAGGAGACCCGGGCCUUCCUGCUUAGCAGCUCUCCGGGCCGCGUGGCCACGCUGCUGCCCCUUGCGGCCACGUGUGCGCUGUAUGAGGUCAUGAGCGUGCUGGCGUCCGGGCCCGCGGUGCUUGAACUCUACCCACAGCUGUUCACGGCUCUCCUGCUGCGCGUCGGCUGCACGGUGGGCGUCGUGCUGCCGCGGACGCUGCAGGCCAAGGAGAGAAGGAGCGCGGGCUCCGCUCUGGCCCCCAGGAGCCUCGAGCCCUGCAGCUCUGCCGUGGAUGCUCUGCAGGCCGUGCUGCUUCGGGGCGGCAACGAGGAGGUGGUGCAGCGCAUGGAGCUGGAGGGAGGCUGGCGGCUGCUCGGGACCUCGGCGGGGCACGAGGAGGGGGUCGCCCGGCUGGCCAGCGCCAUGGCCAAGUUUGCCGGCCCCCGGCUGCCCCUGGUGAUGAAGGAGCUCGUGUGCACACAGAGCAGCGUGUAUGAGAUCCAGCGGGUCACCUCCACGGGAUUCCUGGCCGAGCUGCUCAGCAGCAGCGUCGCGGAUGACCUCCUGCUGCUGGAGCCGCUGCUGCACAAUUUGGCGGCCCGGCAGAAGGACCCGUGUGCCAGCGUGCGGCGGCUGGUGCUCCGAGGCCUGGCCAACAUUGCUUCUGGCUCCCCGGACAAGGUGCGGGCCCACGGCCCCCAGCUCCUGACAGCUGUGAUCGGCGGGCUGGACGACAGGGACGACCCUCACAGCCUGGUAGCUCUGGAGGCCAUGGUGGGCCUUGCAAGGCUGUUGGACCUGGCGGAGCCCCAGGACCUGCGCCCCUUGCUGCUGCAUGUCGCCAUCCGUAUCCGGCCCUUCUUCGACAGCGAGAAGAUGGAGCUCCGUUCCGCCUCCAUCCGCCUCUUCGGGCACCUGAACAAGGCCUGCCAUGGGGGCUGUGCGGACACGUUCCUGGAGCAGGUGGUUGGCGGGCUGGUGCCCCUGCUGCUGCACCUGCGGGACCCCCAGGCCCCCGUGACCAGUGCCUGCAGGUUCGCCCUGCGCAUGAGCGGCCCCAACCUCAAGUGUGAGCAGCUGGCGGCCGCCCUGCAGCAGCACCUCCAGGACGGGCGGGGCCUGCACUUUGGAGAGUUCCUCAACGGCACCUGCAAGCUCCUGAUGCACCACUUCCCGGACCUGCUGGGCCGCCUGGUGAGCACCAGCCUGUUCUACUUCAAGAGCAGCUGGGAGGAUGUCCGCGCUGCCGCCCCCAUGCUCACAGGGUUCCUGGUGCUGCACGUGGAGGCUGAGCACCGGCCACAGGUGGACCUGGAGCAGCUCACGACAGCGCUCCAGCUGCUGCUCAAGGACCCAGCCCCCCUGGUGCGCAUGAAGGCCGCCGAGACGCUGGGCCGCCUGGUGAAGUUCGCCUGAGGCUCCCACAGCAGCACCAUCCCUACAAGCGGCAGGGGCCUGGGCCUGAACCCCAAGAUGGGGCCCUGAGGGGCCCCCUGCCCGAGACGGAGCAGGGAGCUGCCGGCGCCCCUGCCACGAGUCGAACGCCUGCCCUUCUGGAGGAGGCCGCUGGAGGCCACUGUGGGGGGCGGGGGGGCAAGCUGCUGUACCCCCCACUCCCGUUUCCAAUAAAGCCAUUGGCUCCUCAGCAGGUGGCUUGGGAGUGCAA